CCAUGCCAUACAGAGGGGAGAUAUAGCAUGUGUUGUAUGUUUUUCAGGUCAAUGUUCACAAUGCUUGACAGCCUACAGUCUGUCUGGUAACAACCCAGCCAAAUGUUUCACAGAGACCUGGCUGACCCAUGCCAUACAGAGGGGAGAUAUAGCAUGUGUUGUAUGUUUUACAGGUCAAUGUUCACAAUGCUUGACAGCCUACAGUCUGGUAACAACCCAGCCAAAUGUUUCACAGAGACCUGGCUGACACAUGCCAUACAGAGGGGAGAUAUUGCCCGUGUUUUAGAGCCUGUCCUGUUACUAUUACUCCAUCCAGAUACUGCAAGGAUAUCGAUCCAACAUGUGAACAUCCAUCAACCCAAAAAUGUGAAACUUUCCAUAUCUUCAAGUGAUGAAGAAAUGGUCGUCACUGAGGCCAGAAUUUAUGCAAUUUCAAGCGAAGGGGGUAAUGUUAUCUAUCAUGUUAACCCAAAGGGUGCUAAGCCAGUCAUCAGAAAGAAAACAGCAGAUGAACAGGUCAGAUCUACCACACUGACAUCUUUAGGUAACAAAGGAAUGCAGACAGUUGGCUCAAAUAGUCGGUUUUCAGAAAAUGAAUUCUCGUUCGAUAAAGUUGAUGUCAACCAAGUUAACUUGAGAUUGAAUCCUUUUGGUUCAAAUUCAUCUUUAGAUAAAAGCUUGCUGUUUGAUGGAUUUGAUAUUUCUUUGUCUAAAAUCACAAAUGCUAAACG